GUCCUUAAACGCAUCAUAGUUUGUUUAUAUGCUUGCACAGUUUUCUCUGACGCUGCCACAGUAAGACGUGUUUUAUGCCACUCCUUUGUCUAAUUUUGUCCACCAAACACGUCAUGCUGUGUGAUAAUGCACAAAGGCCACAGCAAACAUUACAUUGCUUGUCAUAGAUUGUAAUAAAUCCAUGAGAAGAAGACAACCUGCAGUUUCCUUUAACUUGGCCACAAUACCCAGCAAUAUGUUCGGAGGACAAAAGAUUACAGGUAUUUGUACAACGACUGCCCCGGUCCUGAGUGGAACGCUAUGUGUUCGGGCUGUUGUGAGUAUGAUGUGAUCCGCUGCAAAUGCCCCCUGCAGGGGACUUCGGUGGGCUAUUCUGUGCCCUGCUGCCGCAACGCCAUCAACGAGUGUGACCCCUGCAUCAUCCAUCCAGGUUGCAGCAUUUUUGAGAACUGUAAGCGGUGCAACAAUGGAACGUGGGGUCCCAGGGAUGACUUCUUCGUCAGGGGCCAAUUCUGUGCUGAGUGUCGUCCUGGAUGGUCCGGUGGAGAUUGCAUGAAGUGCGGUGGGGUGAUCCAUAAACGACAGGGCCACAUGGUGUUGGAGAGCUACCCAAACAAUGCUCGCUGUGAGUGGACAAUACAGGUGGACCGGCCUUUUACGAUCGAACUCAGGUUUAUGAUGCUGAGUUUGGAAGCACAUCCCACUUGUCGCUAUGACUACAUGGAGGUCAGAGAUGGCGACAGCAUCAACUCUCGUGUCGUGGCUCGGUUAUGUGGCAACAACAGACCUGCUCCCAUUCAGAGUUCUGGAAACAGUCUACACAUUCUUUUUGAGUCGGACGGCUACAAGAACUUCGAUGGCUUCUUCGCCACGUUCCAGGAGAGCUCAGCUUGCAGCUCCUCUCCUUGCCUACAUGAUGGAACGUGUAUCCUUGACAGCUCUUACGUGUAUCGCUGUGCCUGUCUGGCUGGCUAUGCAGGCAAGAGGUGCGAAAAUGUGGUAGGUUGCCGUAGGCCACCUGUGCCGACCCAUGGAUCCACAGAGGGAGUGUUUCAUCAUUCAGGGGCGCGCGUCACUUUCCAGUGUGAUUCAGGCUUUGAGUUGCGGGGGUUUUCUACUGCCAUCUGCUUGACUGAUGGCACCUGGAGUGCGCCUUCCCCGCAAUGUGUUCCAGUGGAAGGGGUCUGUGUUCUACCACCAAAGCCAGCACACGGGGACCACUUCUUGGUUUAUGGGCCCAAUGAUGUUUUAAUAGCUCUCCAGUACCUUUGCCACCAGCCUUAUGAACUCACUGGAGUCUCUCAGAGAACCUGCCUUUCUAACAAUUCCUGGAGUGGAAGUCCACCUGAUUGCAGGAGAGUGAAUAACACACUCACACAAGCUGAAAAGGAAAGGGAAGAAGCUGGAGGAAAGACAGGAAAAAGCAAAGACAAAGAAAUACACGGUGAUAAAAAUGUCAGCGAAGACACUAAAAGCGUUGAAAAAGAAAGUGAUCUCAGGAAUACAACGAGAGAAGACAAAAACACUGGUGUUCGUCCCGAGAAAACUGGGUCUGAGGAAAAAAAUAACGGUCAGGAUAAAACGACAAGCAGCAGUGAAGAUCAAGAAGCCAAAGAACCUGAAAUAGCAAAACCUGGGAGGAGAGACGACAGCCAUUCCCCAAAGUCGGAGACAGAUAUCACUGAGAUACAGGUGAUAAAAGACAAAGGGCAGGAAGAGAAGGAAAGAAAAGAGGAGCAAGUGAAUGGAAAGAAAAACUCAGUGAAGGUCGGACCAAACGACACGAAACUGAGGACGGUAGUCUCAGAAGAAAUGAACACAGUCAACAUAUUGGAACAGGGAACGGCAAAGAACGACACAGUCAAGGACGAUAUCAAUGACAUCAAGAAAAAAAGCAAUAACAAGACAGGUUUUCCAGAGAGGAAAAUCCUUCCCUCGCAAGUCAAUAUUACACAGUAUACUUUGUAUAGGUCGGAGGGUGAGGAAAGUGGAAAAACAAAACAAAAAACAACCAUCAGAGAAGGCAAAGCAGAAACAAGUCCUACUGAAAAACCAAAAGAGGAACCUGAUAUGAACAGGGAAGAGGAAGAGCGUUGGAAGGACAUCAACCAAAGUUUCACUGAGAGGAUGUGCCCUCCUCCCCCUCGCCUCUAUCACGGCUAUCACAGAACGGUGCCAGGGACCAAGCCUGAGACAGUAGAGUUCUUCUGUAAUCAUUCCUACGCUCUGAGUGGAGACUUCCAAUGGAGCUGCCAGCCAAAUGGUACUUGGAGCGGCAAACAGCCUCUCUGUGUUCGAGCUUGUCGGGAGCCCAAAGUUUCAGAAUUGGUCAGACAAAGAAUUCAUCCACCUCAAGCACCAUUCAGAAAGACACCAGUACACAAGCUGUACUCCUCUGCAUUGGGCCGACGGGUGCAGUCAGAGGGUCCCACGAAAAGCCCACCAAUACUCUCCCAGCUGGCCCAAGGCUUCCAUCACCUCUACACACAUAUAGAGUAUGACUGUGUGUCUCCUUUCUACCAACACAAUGGCAGCCCUCGGAGGACAUGCCUGAAAACAGGCAAAUGGAGUGGGCGUCAUGUCUCAUGUUCACCAGUGUGUGGGAAGCAUCCAACCUUUGACCGUGAGAGGCCGGGAGAGGCUCACUGGCCUUGGCUGGCAGCCAUCUACCGCCGCACCACCAAUGGUGCCGGGACCAAGGUGACCAAGGCAGAUAGCCACUCGGGGUCUGUGAAGAAGGAUGGUGGCGCAAAAUCUGGCAACCAUAUUCGUGAUUCUGACUGGCAGCUGGUGUGCAGUGGGGCUCUGGUGAACCAAAGGAGUGUUGUAGUCGCAGCCCACUGCGUGACAGACCUGGGCAAGGUUUACCCUCUGGAUGCAGCCAAAAUCAAGGUGGUGGUUGGGAAACACUACCGUGACGAUCACAGAGAAAGUAAAGGUUUCCAACAUCUGAGGGUUGCCUCCAUCAGCGUUCACCCCAACUAUGAUCCCCAUAUUCUUGACUCAGACAUAGCUAUCAUCAAGUUAAUGGACAAAGCAAAGAUUGGAGAGAAAGUGUUGCCCCUCUGUCUAUCAGACAGUCAGGGUGAAGGGGAGAUCUCCGGACAAGGGCUUGUGACUGGCUGGUCUCCAGUUCCUGACUCAGAUUUAAGUGCUGAUGAGAAAGCAAGAGUCGGACUUGUCCAACUCGCUGACAUUGUCCCAUGCGAGCAGCAAUAUGCCCGUAAUGGUGUGCCAAUCAGUGUUACAGACAACAUGUUGUGCGCAAGCCAGAAGCCUGACUACGGGCCCUCUAACAUAUGUCCCUCUGACACUGGGGGGAUUCUUGUCCUUCCUGCUUACACUGACAACAACCAGAAUCCCUUUGUUGGCAGCAAUCAUGUUGGGAGCAAAGGAUUUUGGAGACUUCUGGGACUUGUGAGCUUUGGCUAUGACCAAGGAGAGUGCGAUCCUGACCUCUAUACGGUCUACACACAUGUAGCAAACUUCAAAGUCUGGAUCGAGAGUCAUAUGAAAUAGAAAUCGGAACAUGUGACUUAUAAUAUUUAAAUGCACAUGCUUCUUUCUGUUCCUUUUUGUUUGUUUGUUCAAUCUGGUCACCCAGCAGUCUCAUUUUUGUAGUGUUUUGCACAAACGCAACACUGGACAACACUGUGCUUUAAGUCAGGUGCGUCAAACAUAUUUUCAUGAUACUGAUCAGUCCUUUCAGGAUUUUGUAAUGUUGCGAUGGAGACUAUUCACGCAAAUUCAACUAAUCCCUGCGAUUGGCAAAUGUUGGACAAUCCCCACAAACACACCGCACAUUUUGGCCUCGCAUCGGCAUAUUUGCCAAUCGGAUUUGUCCCAGCAGAACUCGAACGCAACACAACAUCAAAUGUCUGCCUGCAGCACCAGGGGCGAUUUUGCCACAACUUUUUGAAAAUGCUGCAGUGAAACCAUUAGGGCUGUGAAUCUUUGGGUGUCCCACGAUUCGAUUCAAUAUCGACUCUUGGGGUCACGAUUCGAUAAUAUAUCGAUUUUUUUCGAUUUGAUUCUCGAUUCAAAAACAAUAUUUUUCCUAUUCAAAACGAUUCUGUAUUCAUUCAAUACAUAGGAUUUCAGCAGGAUCUACCCCAGUCUGCAGAAUAGUAGAUUAUUUUUUUUUAAACUUUCAUAAUUGUAAAGGACAAUGUUUUAUCAACUGAUUGCAAUAAUCUAAAUGUGUUUUAACUAUUAAACGAACCAAAAAUAUGACUUAUUUUAUCUUUGUGGAAACAUUGGACACAGUGUGUUGUCAAGCUUAUGAGAUGCGAUGCAAGUGUAAGCCACUGUGACACUAUUGUUCUUUUUUAAAUUUUUUAUAAAAGUCUAAUGAUAAUGUCAAUGAGGGAUUUUUAAUCACUGCUAUGCUGAAAUUAUAACUAAUAUUGAUACUGUUGUUGAUAAUAUUCAUUUUUGUUUCACUACUUUUGGCUUGUUCUGUGUCGUGUUUGUGUCUUUAUUGCAGUUCUGAGUGUUGCUGGGUCAGGUUUGGUUUUGGAAUUGGAUUGCAUUGUUAUGGUAUUGUUGUGUAUUGUUUUGUUGGAUUGAUUAAAAAAGAUAUAAUUUUUUUUUUUUUUUUUUUUUUUUAAAUCAAUUUUUUUAAAAUGAGAAUCUAUUCUGAAUCGCACAAUGUAUUCGAUUCGAUUCGUAUUCGAAUCGAUUUUUUCCAGCACCCCUAGAAACCAUGCUUUUUAGGUCUUAACGAUCACAAAAAAGCCUGCAAAAUCCUAGAGGAACUGAUUAUUACAUAAUUGCCCCUUCAUUUGAUUACUAUCAUUGUUUACCAACAACCUAAUGGAAAGUGUUCUUUGAAAUCAGAAGUCAGAGUGACAAGCAAAUAUUUUGGUUCGGCUAGUCUAGCAGUUAAUGUAAAAAUAUUGUCAAUGACCAAAAAAUCUAGGAAUAGCUUGUUCAAUUAAAUAUCUAGCUUAAAGGGAAUUUAAUGUCUGUGUUAUUUUUGCCUAUCAUUCACAAUCCCUAUGUAAUCCCUAUGUUUUUUUUUAAUUCAAAUUAGUAAAAUACAGCAGGUAUGAGGUGGCUUACAACGCAACUAAUUGGAGUACUAUAUUGUGCCCAUAAAGCUCUCUAAAAAACAUCCAAAAAAUGCUAACAAAACUCCAUUCACAUCUCAUAACCAAGUAUGUCAUUAAUGUCAUACAUAAGCGCUAACAAAGACGAACUCUUAGCCAGCUGAGCGCCAACUAGCUUAGGCAGCUACAGUAUUGACAUACUGAGGUACUGCUGCUGCUGUAUUGCCUCUAAGCUGGUGAAAGUUAUUUCUAGAUUAUAAAUAAUGCCAUUUAUUUUUAUAUUAGAAGGUUGUAGCCAUGAACAAAGAAUCUGGUCAACUUUGAUGUUCAACUUAGACCCGUAGAUGGCGAGAAAGACACAUUUUUUUGUUGUUUUUAACUUAAAGGAGAAUUAUGAUUAAUUAUUCACCGAAAGGGGAAGAUAUGAAAAUCCCAUGAGUCGGCAACCCAGUGAGAGCAGACAUUGUAAACUACGUGAUUGUUUUAAUAUGUUCAUAGUCGAUACCGUCGAUCAUAAUAUUUUAUUAGAACGUAUCAAAACACGAACUGGUAUGUCAGACUUAGCCCUGUCUUGGUUUAACUCUUAUCUUACUGAUAGGAUGCAGUUCGUCUCCCAUAACAAUGUGACCUCGGACUACGUUAAGGUAACGUGUGGAGUUCCCCAGGGUUCGGUCCUUGGCCCUGCACUCUUCAGCAUCUACAUGCUGCCGCUAGGUGACAUCAUACGCAAAUACGGUAUUAGCUUUCACUGUUAUGCUGAUGACACCCAACUCUACAUGCCCCUAAAGCUGACCAACACGCCGAUUGUAGUCAGCUGGAGGCGUGUCUUAAUGAAAUUAAAUAAUGGAUGUCCGCUAACUUUUUGCAACUCAACGCCCAAAAAACGGAAAUGCUGAUUAUCGGUCCUGCUAGACACCGACCUCUAUUUAAUGAUACAACUCUAACAUUUGACAACCAAACAAUUAAACAAGGUGAGACGGUAAAGAAUCUGGGUGUUAUCUUUGACCCAACUCUCUCCUUUGAGUCACACAUUAAAAGCGUUACUAAAACGGCCUUCUUUCAUCUCCGUAAUAUUGCUAAAAUUCACUCCAUUCUGUCCACUAAAGACGCUGAGAUCAUUAUCCAUGCGUUUGUUACGUCUCGUCUCGAUUACUGUAACAUACUAUUUUCGGGUCUCCCCAUGUCUAGCAUUAAAAGAUUACAGUUGGUACAAAAUGCGGCUGCUAGACUUUUGACAAGAACAAGAAAGUUUGAUCACAUUACGCCUGUACUGGCUCACCUGCACUGGCUUCCUGUGCACUUAAGAUGUGACUUUAAGGUUUUACUACUUACGUAUAAAAUACUACACGGCCUAGCUCCAUCCUAUCUUGCCGAUUGUAUUGUACCAUAUGUCCCGGCAAGAAAUCUGCGUUCAAAGGACUCCGGCUUUUUAGUGAUUCCCAAAGCCCAAAAAAAGUCUGCGGGCUAUAGAGCGUUUUCAUUUCGGGCUCCAGUACUCUGGAAUGCCCUCCCGGUAAAAGUUCGAGAUGCCACCUCAGUAGAAGCAUUUAAGUCUCACCUUAAAACUCAUUUGUAUACUCUAGCCUUUAAAUAGACUCCCUUUUUAGACCAGUUGAUCUGCCGUUUCUUUUCUUUUUCUCCUAUGUCCCACUCUCCCUUGUGGAGGGGGUCCGGUCCGAUCCGGUGGCCAUGUACUGCUCGCCUGUGUAUCGGCUGGGGACAUUUCUGCGCUGCUGAUCCGGCUCCGCUUGGGAUGUUUUCCUGCUGGCUCCGCUGUGAACGGGACUCUCGCUGCUGUGUUGGAUCCGCUUUGGACUGGACUCUUGCAACUGUGUUGGAUCCAUUAUGGAUUGAACUUUCACAGUAUCAUGUUAGACCCGCUCGACAUCCAUUGCUUUCGUCCUCUCCAAGGUUCUCAUAGUCAUCAUUGUCACCGACGUCCCACUGGGUGUGAGUUUUCCUUGCCCUUAUGUGGGCCUACCGAGGAUGUCGUAGUGGUUUGUGCAGCCCUUUGAGACACUAGUGAUUUAGGGCUAUAUAAGUAAACAUUGAUUGAUAGUUUGUAUUCCUUGUUCAGCUAUUCGCAAUAUUGCUACAGGAUGCUCACAGUGUCUCACUAAAAGCUGGAUCCGUUGUGCACUUAGCUUUUUAAACUUGUAGCUCCUACUCUGUAUAUUCAGGCUUGAAAAUAUAAGGUUCUGGAUCAUUCUUUGUCCCAAAGUAGAAUUAUUAACUAUGCCAUGAGUAGUAGCUUCAUUGUUGUUGUUGAAGGGAAAAGUGAAUGUUGUCAUGCGUCUGUGACAUCAAUGCACCGCUGUAUGCUUAAAAUGAGCAAAAAAGGAUAGGAUAGGACUUUAUGAUCAUUGUACAAGUACAACGAAACUUUGUUUUGAGCACAAACCCGUUCAAGAUUAGACAAGCAAAGAACAGGGUUACAGAAUAGGAAUGCUGAUGGGUUGCCAUAAGGCGCCCUGUAAAGAUGGGGAAAAGGGUAAAACGCUGGGGAAGGAUUAGUAAAAAAAAAUACAAUCUAGACUGGGCUCCUAAAUGGGCUCAGUCUGGAGUGGGAAAAAAACUAUAGCAAAGCACACAUACAUAUUAUACAUCUCGAGAGAUCUAGCAACGUAUAAUAAUAUAUGUUAUUAUGAAGGUGCCUGUUACUUCAGUACAUGCAUACUUACAGCGUGUGUGUACAAUGUCGAUAGACGUUUUUGAAUGUUUUCAAGGGUGCUUUAGGGGCGAAAGAGAGCAACUCCCAUUGGUCGGAUUGUUAGCUGACUUUUACUGGCAUUUAUUGACGAGUUAGAAUGCAUUAAAAAAAACAAAAAACGUGUGUGUUCUUGUACUACAAAAAGAUUGUGAAUUAUAAGCAAUUCUCCAAAAAUCACAGUUCCAAUUUAAGAACUGCAAUAAUAUUGCAUUUAAAAAAAAUAUCUCUCUACAUUUAAAAACAUACGUAGAAAAAAGAUGAAAUGCCUUAUUGACGUUUAUUAUUUCCAGGCUUAUGAAAUUAAAUUAUUUGGCAAGCCAGAUGUGGCUCUCGGGCCUUGAGUUUGACCCCUGUGCUAAAUUUGGAACUGCAAUUUUUUUGGAAUUCAGCCUAUCGUUCACAACCAUUAUGAAAGACAUAACGAUGGAUGUUAUUUUUUUAUUGUCUUUGCAUUCUAAAUAUUAAAUAAUUGCGGUCAAAAGUUUGCUCACAAUGGAGCCUCUGAAGCCGCACAAUUCUGCCUAUAAACCCCUUAAAAACAACUGCAUUGAAGUUUUAUAUUCAUGAUUUUUAAGUGUAUAUGUACUUUAGGAGUGGGUACAUUUAUAGUAACAUUUAAUAUUUGCAUAUUUUGAUAAUUUUAAGCAUCAAAAAGGCAUCAGAACGGGUUGUUUUUUUGCCUUCAUCUCUGAUUAUUACUCAUUAAAGACUUUAAGAGAGCCAACAAACAUAAUGAAACAUUACCUACUGUACAAUGUCUGCUGUCAUUAGGAUGCCAACUGCUGGGACGUUCAUAUAUUCCUAUUUAAAUGAAGGAUGACCAUUAGCCUCAUGAAUAAACGGGUUGGGGAACCACACACGUCUUUUUGUGUCUUUCUCGCCAGUUCCAGGCCCUAAAUGGCUGUCAAAGUGUACCAAAUUGUCGGAUUACCUCGUAAGACUUCUUCUGUCCAGGUGAGAGCCCAUGAUUUAUGAUCUACCAUAAACUUCCAGGGAGCAAAGAAGGGAGAAAGCAGCAGACCACUCGAUGAUGUAAAUAUAGGGUAGUUUGUCUGCGUUAGCGCUUAUAAGAAAAAUAUCACUAAUAUUUUGUUACAAGUCACAAAAUGUAAAUGGAGUAUUGUUGGCACUUUAAAAUUCAAAAUGCAUGGAAAAAUCCAUCCGACGUCAUGUCUUUCAUAAUGAUUACAAACAAUAGGCGAAAUUCGAAAAGAAAUUCCAAACUAAAAAGUGCAGUUCCCUCGAAAAGAUCGUUCUUGAAAAAACAACCACCCAUGAGUGUGUCUUCAGGUGAGGAACUAUUGUAAUGUAUUUACUAUUAAAAGUAUAUUGUGAUGUAUUGACUUUUCUGUAGACUAAUAUGACAAUGAACUUGAUGUAAAUAUUGCAUUGAAAAAGACCGGACAAACUGGAUGCUUUUUUUUUAUUAAAAAGAAGAGGUGGUAACUGUG